AGAAGAGCGCGUGACGUGAGCCGAGCCGAGCUGCAGGCAGGCAGCCAGAUAGGCUGUCGGGAAGCGGCAGAGCGACGCAGAGUUGCGGCCGGCGAGUCCGGCUCCUGUCAGUGCUCUACAAUAGGUGGCAAACGCAGCGAGUGCAGCUCUGUAUGAGGCGCCGUUCAGGAAAAAAAUCGUCAUAGCUCUGGCCCCGGCACGCUGUGCACCUGCACCGAGUCGGUUUCGAGAGCACGGCCGAGUAGAGAUUCCGAAUGGAUGAGGCAGCAGAGCCAAGCCCUGUGGAGAGGAGCACAGGAGGCUGCUACGUCGGGGCAGAGGUGCUGGAGGAAGACGAGGACGAAGCACAGUGGCUGGAAGGCGGUGGCUCAGGUGAGAGAAAUCGGAGAGCGCGAGCUACGAAUAUGCCCUCAUCUUCAGGGCAGCAGGUUGGUGCUCCAGGAAAAAAGAUUGGCCAUCGUGGAGUUGAUGCCUCUGGAGAGACCACUUACAAAAAGACCACUUCUUCAGCACUGAAAGGUGCUAUUCAGCUUGGGAUCGGGUACACUGUGGGUAAUCUCACUUCUAAACCAGAGCGGGAUGUGCUGAUGCAGGACUUCUACGUGGUAGAAAGCAUUUUUUUCCCUAGUGAAGGCAGUAACCUGACACCAGCACACCACUUUCCCGACUUCCGCUUCAAGACUUAUGCUCCUGUGGCCUUCCGUUAUUUCAGAGAGCUCUUUGGCAUCCGGCCUGAUGAUUAUCUGUAUUCUUUAUGCAACGAACCCUUGAUUGAGCUGUCCAAUCCAGGAGCCAGUGGGUCCUUGUUCUAUGUCACCAAAGAUGACGAGUUCAUCAUCAAGACUGUGAUGCAUAAGGAGGCAGAAUUUCUGCAAAAGUUGCUACCUGGUUACUACAUGAACCUAAAUCAGAAUCCUCGCACCCUGUUACCCAAGUUCUAUGGCCUCUACUGUGUUCAGUCGGGUGGUAAAAACAUUCGCAUGGUUGUAAUGAACAAUGUCUUGCCCAGAGUGGUCCGCAUGCACCUUAAGUAUGACCUUAAAGGUUCCACCUACAAGCGAAGAGCCUCCAAGAAAGAGCGUGAAAAGUCCAGUCCCACUUUCAAGGACUUGGACUUCAUGCAGGACUUGCAGGAUGGUCUCAUGCUGGAUACAGACACCUACAAUGCACUGGUCAAAACACUUCAAAGGGAUUGCCUGGUGCUGGAAAGCUUUAAAAUCAUGGACUACAGUCUUCUGCUUGGUGUUCACAACCUGGAUCAGUCUGAAAGAGAGCGUCAGACAGAGGGAUCCCAGAGCACAAGUGAUGAAAAGAGACCCAUGGGUCAGAAGGCCCUGUAUUCAACAGCCAUGGAAUCUAUUCAGGGUGGUGUUGCCCGAGGAGAAAGCAUUGACACUGAUGACACGAUGGGUGGAAUACCUGCUGUAAAUGGGAAAGGGGAGCGUCUCCUGCUCUACAUUGGAAUCAUUGAUAUCCUGCAGUCAUACAGGUUAAUCAAGAAGUUGGAACACACAUGGAAGGCCCUAGUUCAUGAUGGGGAUACUGUGUCAGUACACAGACCCAGUUUCUAUGCAGAACGCUUUUUCAAGUUCAUGAGCAGCACUGUUUUUAGGAAGAAUUCUUCUUUGAAAUCCUCGCCUUCAAAAAAAGGACGAGUUGCGCUUACUGUGCCCAAGUAUUCUGGACCAGGUGCUGCAUUUUCUGCCAGCCAGUUGCCCUCGGAAAAGGAUGAAAACAUUUAUGACCUGAGAGGCGCUAAGAGCUUUCCCACACUUGAAGAUGAAGGGCGGCCAGAUUUACUACCUUGUACACCUCCAUCAUUUGAGGAAGCUACAACUGCAUCCAUAGCAACAACAUUGUCCUCAACGUCACUGUCAAUUCCAGAGAGGUCACCAUCAGAUACUUCUGAACACCCACGAUAUAGGAGACACACACACUCAUCAGGUCAGGAUGUAAGAUCUCAUGAUGAGGAGCUGCAGCAGAUCACUGUGGAAGUGGAAGUGAAACAACAUGACAACGAGGUGGCUGCCAUUCUUGACAUGUCACCAGAAAAAAGUGAUACAGCAUCUGCAUCUGCCUCUGUCCCACCAAGUCCUAAAGUGACUGUAGAGCUGGACUCUGCCAGCCAGGUUUCAGAGACGGUUAGUCAUGAAUCUGAAGAGGAAGUGCCCGUCACAGACCUUUACUUUUUUUCAGAUGGGCGGUACUGGAUCUGUUCACCGGUGCCGCGCCACGCCUGCGUAAGUGGUAUCCAGUUUAAGAUUAGUAUAUUGAAUUUUUUUCCCAGUGGUACUUUUGGGAAUAGGGGCCUCAUUUGGUUUUGGACUGGGUGCCUAAAAACUACCUACACAUCUGCAGCUCUAUCACCUCAUCUAGGGACUGAUGAUGUAGUUCAUCAUUACACCAGAACUUUUCAUCCUAGGGCUUUAGCUACCAUACGCUAACUCAUUGAUAGAUUGGUUCCCAAUUUUGUUUAUUUAGGCUUUCUUUUACAUUCUUAAAGAAUUAAACAUAAUCUCUUGCAAAAGAACCUAUUGAAAUUAUUACCUUCUGUGCCUCCUUUUUGAUGCAACUGUGUUGCACUGUCAGGAAGUCCAGAGCAGAUGUGCCCUAUGUUUGUUAUAUUAGAUGCUCAGAACUAUUUUUGCAUUUCUACAGUGAACCUGAAAAUUGUUUGAAAAUUAUGCUGCAAAUGCCAUUUACUUGGUUGUUUCAUGGUAUACCAUGAAAUAACCAGUUUUCGUGACACACAUGGUCAGUGUCAGAAAUGUAAGUAGUUCAGAACUGUAAGUAGACUCAUGUACUGAGUCAGGGAAACUUCAGAAUUCAGUGACUUAAACUCUGCAUUGGAAAACUUAAAGCACAUUAUUCGCUAGGCUAUAUUUCCUCCUCAGGUAUAUCUUCAUGCAUUCUUUUCAAAAAGCUAAUUCUCACAAAUUCCUACAUUUUGUUGUCUGUUUUGUUCUACUCCCUCUUUGUCCCCGUCUUCCUUUUGUAUUUGUUCAUUUUCACACUCUCUCUUUCUCUCUUUCUCCUCCGGCUCUGUCGCGCUGUCCCUCUUCUCGCCUCCUGCCAUUGCAGCCUCCGGAGGAGAGGACUUGGAUUUAUUCUCCUCUUCACUAUAGCUCUCAAGCACACUCCGUUUCAGACGGGGAGGAUGAAACAGUAAGUCUGAUCUGACCUUUCUGUGUACCAGAAUAAAUUAACAGAAAUUAACAAUAUUUUGAUGCAAAAUAUAUCUCCUCCCUGGUUUUUGGGGCACCAUGUGGAAGUGAGUUCUGUUCUUCCAGCACACCCCACAAUUAGCCAGUGGUCUGUGGACUUGGAAUUUUUUCUUGGAUAUUCUUUCCUUCCCCCAUUUUUGGUACCAGUUCAUUACAAAUGGGUGGGUAAUGGGAGUGAUACAGUAGUUGCGCAUGUGCAAGUGGGUGAAUUGUUAUUAAAAGAAAAAAAAAAAGCCCAGCUCCUUGCCUGACAUCAUUUCUUUUGAUUUUUUUUUCCUUUGCAGUAAUUCCUAUGCAGACUUCAGGGUGAUUUGUGAACAGGAAGCAUCUUAACUGGAUGUUGAUCUGCUUGGUUGGAACUGAAAUCCUUAUCCCAAAGGCUUCCAACAGAAAUGGGGAAGUACAUAUUUGAAAACAAAUAAGGACUUUGUCCCAUUUCUAGCAAGCAUCUUUUCUUUCUUUGUUCCUGGGAAAACACACAAACACACACACAUGCAUAUAUAUAUAUAUAUAUAUAUAUAUAUAUAUAUAUAUA